UCCCCCUCAUACCAUAAACGACUCAUAUAAACAUCGGAAAGCCAGAGUUCGCUAGCACAAUCGCCAGAAAAAUCAGAGGGAAUCCCACAAACCCAAAGGGAAAUCGGCCAUGCCAGCCUCUCAAAACAUGCCUAAUUCCCAGAGCUCAGUUAGUCACAAAUAUGUGAAACUUGGCUACCAGUACAUUGUAAACCACCUUCUCACCUUUCUCUUAGUCCCUAUAAUGGCAGCCGCUGCCAUUGAGCUUUUCCGAUUGGGUCCGGAGGAGAUCCUUCGCCAGUGCGACUCUCUCCGCUUAGACCUCGUCCAAAUACUUUGUUUGUCUCUCUUCAUUGUUUUCAUGGCCAGUCUCUACUUUAUCUCCAAGCCACGCCCCAUUUACUUGGUUGAUUACACAUGUUAUAAGCCACCAGACAGUUGCAGAGUACCACGCUCUCUCUUUUUAGAGCACAUAAGCCUCUCGCCUUGCUUUGAUCCAGAAAGUGUAAAAUUUCAGGUUCGAAUACUGGAGCGGUCUGGUUUGGGAGAAAGGACCUGCGUGACUCCCUCUCUUUUCUAUAUACCGCCAGACCCGACCAUGGCUGAUGCUCGAGCUGAUGUUGAGCUCGUUAUCUUCUCUGCCGUCGACGCAUUAUUUAAACGCACGGGGAUCAAGCCUGAAGAAGUUGAUAUCUUGAUAGUGAAUUGCACUGUGUUUUCGCCGACUCCUUCCCUCUCAGACAUGGUGAUCAAGAAGUUUAAGAUGAUGAGCAACAUCAAGAGUUUCAACCUCUCUGGGAUGGGAUGCAGUGCCAACCCCUUAGCUGUCGAUCUAGCUCGUCAUUUAUUGCAGGUGCAUGCAAAUGCGUAUGCAAUGGUGGUGAGCACGGAGAUCUUCACCACCAACUGGUACAACGGCAACCAGCGGUCCAUGCUCCUCCCAAACUGUCUCUUUCGGAUGGGGGGUGUAGCUCUCCUGCUCUCUAACCACCGCUACGAGAGCUGUCGUGCAAAGUACCGUUUGGUGCAUGUUGUGCGCACCCACUGUGGCGCUGAUGAUCGCGCCUACCGCUGUAUUUCGCAGGAGGAGGAUCUCCAACAAAAUGUCGGCAUGUCUCUCUCCAAAGAUCUCAUGGUUAUUGCAGGUGAAGCCCUCAAAUCGAAUAUCACGACUAUGGGACCCCUCGUUUUGCCAGCAUCUGAACAACUUCUCUUCCUUCUCUCUCUAAUUGGUCGAAAGAUAUUUAACCUAAAGUUGAAGCCUUAUAUUCCUGAUUUUAAACAAGCUUUUGAGCAUUUUUGCGUACACGCUGGAGGGAGAGCAGUGAUCGAUGAACUGGAAAAGAAUUUGCAGUUGCCUCCUGAACAUGUUGAGGCAUCGAGGAUGACACUUCACAGGUUUGGGAACACAUCAUCGAGUAGUUUGUGGUAUGAGAUGAAUUACAUUGAGGCUAAAGGCAGGAUGAAAAAGGGAGACAGGGUUUGGCAAAUUGCGUUUGGGAGUGGGUUUAAAUGCAAUAGUGCGGUUUGGAAGUGCAACAGAAGCAUCAAAGUGGGGACAGACGGGCCAUGGGCAGAUUGCAUCGACCAAUACCCUGUGCAUAUCCCGGAGGUUGUCAAGCUCCAGCAAUUAUAAAUAGUGUAUAUUGUGGAUAUGCUUUUUACAGAAAGUAUAUAUGAUUGGUAAUGUAUAUGGAUAGGUAGGUAUAAUAUCCUAUAUUUUUCGUAAGAUUGGAUGUUGUAGGAUAUGCUACAUAGAAAUACAGUGUCAAAAAUAUGAAGAUAAAAAAGAAGUCGUAUGGAUUGUUGAUAGUUGUAGCA